AGCCGGGCGAGGACGGGCGCCGCGGAGCCGCGCUCCUGCUUUCCUCCCGCAGCCCGGGCCGAGCAGCCAUCCCUUCUGGCAUGCUCCUCAUCCCUGAGCACACGAUGUCUCAGUACUCCACCAACUUCCUGCUGCUGCCCAUCCCGGAGUACCCUGCGCUGGACUGCGCGCCCAACAAAAUCAUCAAGCUGGUGGUGCUGGGCGGCAGCGGCGUGGGCAAGACAGCCCUGGUCGUGCGCUUCCUCACGAAGAGAUUUAUUGGGGACUACGAAGCCAACACUGGUGCUUUGUAUUCCAGGAAGUUCACCAUAGAUGGGGAGCAGAUCUCUCUGCAGGUGCAGGACACUCCCUUUGUCUCAUUGGAGGAUGACACAGACAGCAUCUGCUGCCAGGAGCAGAUAAACCGCUCCAUCUACUGGGCCGACGGCUUCGUCUUCGCCUUCUCCAUCACGGACUACGAGAGCUUCCGCCUGCUGCGCCCGCUGCACCAGCACAUCCGCAGGAUCCACCCCAACGCCAACAUCCCCCUGCUGCUCAUGGCCAACAAGGGGGACCUGCUGAGGGCCAGGCAGGUGUCCUCCAAGGAGGGGCUGCAGCUGGCCACCGAGCUGGGCGGCACCUACUGCGAGGUGUCGGCGCGGGAGAGCUGCGAGGGCGUGCACGAGGCCUUCCAGCAGCUGUGCCAGGAGCUCAGCAGGAGCAGCUCCAGCUGCAACGGGGAGAAGAGGAGAGGUCUCCACCUGGUCAGGCCCAAGUCGCCCAACAUGCAGGACUUGAAGAGGCGUUUGAAGCAGGCUCUGACUUCCAAAGGCAAAUCUGCCACCACGCUUUGAUGUUCCUGCUCAGGGAUUGUGUUCUGGAGCCCUGGGUAAAAGGGCAACAAGCUGGGGAAAAGGGGCAUCAAUUCAGCCAUCAGGAUGUGGGAGAGACUCUCAGUCCUGUGAGAGACCCUCAGGUCCUGUGAGAGACUCUUUUGUUUGGUCUUCACAUCCUCCUCAAAAAGCCCCUGCUCAUUCAGCAGAGGAACUCGCAGAAUUUGUUCUCUGGAGCAAGGAUUUCCAAACUGUGGUUUAAAAAAAGAAAUCAUCCCAAAUUCAUUCUAUCUUUUUAUUUCUUUUUGGAAAGGGCUGCAGUCAAAUAUCUUGGUGUUAAAAAGUGGGUUUUGUUAAUGAGAAUAAUGAAAUCCUACUUUUAAGAGAUGUGACUUCCCUUGGGGAUGGUUGUGUUCCCAAACACAGGCAGUGAACUACAGCAGGGCAUGAGGAGAGUGACAGGAGCUGUACUGAGCAAGAAAAAUGGACCAGAUCUGCUUCAGUGCAAGACUGGAAAAUAAAUGAAUUAAUUCAUUUAAAUGAAGAGAAUAAAUA